AAUUUGAAUGAAUCAAAAAUAGUAAAGCUUUAAAAAUAAUAAGAUAAAAAAAUAACAAUGUAAAAACUAUUAUUUUUUAAUCAGAUACCAUCAAUCAGCCUGUUAAAUGUCAAAAAUUUUGCAAUAAUAAUAUUAAAAUACGCCGCACAAAGCGCGGAAAAAAAAUAAUAGUGCACUGUUCAGUAGUGUGUUGUAAAAAUGAAGUUGAUGUGCACCUUUUUUCUUGUUAUUUUUUUUUAAAUAAUAAUUAUGCAAAAACUAAAAUUGAUUAUAAUUAUUUGUAAUUUUUUAAAUAUAAAGUAAUAUUGUGCACAAAUUAAAUGUAUAUAUAUAUAUGUAUAUAUAAAUCAAAAGGAAUUAAAAAAAAGGAAUAAAUUAGUACCAGAAUUUACAACCAAAAUCUAUACAAUAAAAAUAUAAGUAUAAAGUGCGCGUGUGUGUGUAUAAAUAAAAUUAUUGUAUUAUGUAUACCUACUUAUCUGAAUAUUAUACAUAAAAUAUUAAUUUAUUAAUUUACAUAUAUACAAAAAUAAUUAUUUUUAUAUUCAAUUAUCAUCAAAAGAUUUAAUUAAAAAAAAAAGAAAAAGCGAAACGUAAGAAAAUUCAUGAAAUUUAGGAAUUUGCAAAUCUAAAAAUAUGUAUGGUUUAUUAAUAUAAAAAAGGAAAAUAAAAGAAAUAUAUAGAAAAUUAUUUAAAACAUAUAAAUAAAAUAAAACGACAUAUUUAAAUAAAAAUUUAUUAAAAAAAAAAUAAUAAAAAUGGGAGAUUUAAUUGGUCAGACAAGUUUUCUUCAUAUGGGGGAUGUUGUAUCACUAUAUGCAGAAGGUCGUGUUUGCGGAUUCUUAAGUACCUUAGGGUUGGUCGAUGAUAGAACUGUUGUAUGUCCGGAAGCUGGUGAUUUAACGAAUCCACCUAAAAAAUUUAGAGACUGUUUAAUAAAAAUAUGUCCUAUGAAUCGCUAUUCAGCACAAAAUCAAUUUUGGAAAGCUGCAAAGCAAAGCACAAAUUCAAACACAGAUCCUAGUUUAUUAACACGUUUACAUCAUGCAGCUGAAAUUGAAAAAAAAUCGAAUGAAACAGACAAUAAAAAAUUUUUGGGUACACCGGUACAAUAUGGAAGUGUUUGUCAAUUAUUACAUUUAAAAUCAAAUAAAUAUUUAACAGUUAAUAAACGUUUACCAUCAUUGUUAGAAAAAAAUGCAUUACGUGUUUAUUUGGAUGCAAAUGGCAAUGAAGGUUCAUGGUUUUUAAUAUCACCAUUUUAUAAAUUACGUUCAAUUGGUGACAAUGUUGUUGUUGGUGAUAAAGUUAUAUUAAAUCCAUGUAAUGCUGAUCAACAAAAUUUACAUGUAUCUUCUAAUUAUGAACUACCAGAUAAUCCCGGUUGUAAAGAAAUCAAUGUAUUAAAUUCAUCUACAGCAUGGAAAAUAACAUUAUUUAUGGAACAUAAAGAAAACCAAGAAAAUAUAUUAAAGGGUGGUGAUGUCGUUAGAUUAUUUCAUGCUGAACAAGAAAAAUUUUUAACAAUGGAUGAAUAUAAAAAAGAGCAACAUGUAUUUUUAAGAACAACUGGUAGAACUAGCGCAACAGCUGCAACUAGUAGUAAGGCAUUAUGGGAAAUUGAAGUUGUACAACAUGAUUCAUGUCGUGGUGGUGCUGGUCAUUGGAAUUCAUUAUAUCGCUUUAAACAUUUAGCAACUGGAUAUUAUUUAGCUGCUGAAUUGGAAUCAGAUAUAAUUAAUUCAAAUGAUAAUUAUACAAUUAAUAAUAAUAAUAAUGAAAUUAAUAUACAUGAUAGUAUAAAUAAUAAAGAUGGUACAACAAUAAAUAAAAUUAAUAUAAAUAAUAAUAAAAUAACAGCAGCACAUAUUCAACCUCAAAUUGAAAAUUUUGAUUGUAGUAUAAUAACUUCAGCAAUUAUACCAAAUACAAUUACACCGAAUUUAUCAGGAGGAACAUCAUUACCAACAAAUUUAUUAAAUAACAAUAUUAAUAAUAAUAAUAAUAAUAAUAAUAAUAACAAUAAUAAUAAUAAUAAUACAAAAAUUGGACAAUAUCGUUUAGUAUCUGUACCAUAUUCAAAUGAUAUUGCAUCAGUUUUUGAAUUAGAUCCAACAACAUUAACAAGAGCUGAUAGUUUAGUACCACAAUCGAGUUAUGUACGUUUAAGGCAUUUAUGUUCAAAUACAUGGGUACAUGCAACAUCAAUACCAAUUGACGUUGAAAGUGAUAAACCAGUUAUGUCAAAAGUAUGUUGUUCAUCAAUUAAAGAAGAUAAAGAAGCAUUUCAAUUAAUACCAGUACCACCAGUUGAAGUACGUGACUUAGAUUUUGCAAAUGAUGCAUGUAAAGUAUUAGCAACAAUGAGUUCAAAAUUAAAACAAGGUUUAAUAUCGAAUAAUGAAAGAAGAUCAUUAAUAUCAUUAUUACAAGAUAUUGUUUAUUUUAUUGCUGGAUUAGAAAAUGAACAAAAUAAAGCAAAAGCAUUAGAAUUGACAAUAAAAGAACCUAAUCGUGAUCGACAGAAAUUAUUACGUGAACAAUAUAUAUUAGAGCAAUUGUUUCGUAUAUUACAAGAGCCAUUUCAAGUAAAAAAUGAUAAUACUGGACCUUUAUUAAAGUUAAAUGAAUUAAGUGAUCCAAAAAAUGCACCAUUCAAAAAUAUGUUCCGUUUAUGUUAUAGAAUAUUACGUUUAAGUCAACAAGACUAUCGUAAAAAUCAGGAAUAUAUUGCAAAACGUUUUGGUCAAAUGCAAAAACAAAUUGGAUAUGAUAUUUUAGCUGAAGAUACAAUUACAGCAUUAUUACAUAAUAAUCGUAAACUAUUAGAGAAACAUAUAACAGCUGCAGAAAUUGAAACAUUUGUUGGCUUAGUACGUAAAAAUAUGAAAAAUUGGGAUUCAAGAUUUUUAGAUUAUUUAUCAGAUUUAUGUGUUUCAAAUCGUAAAGCUAUUGCUGUUACACAAGAAUUAAUAUGUAAAAGUGUUUUAAGUGCAAAAAAUUCUGAUAUAUUAAUUGGAACAAAAGUUGUUAAAUGUAAUAAUCAAUUAUCAAAAUUGAAAUCAACAUUUUCAUCAUCAUCGUCAUCAACAGCAACAGAAAAUGUGCAAAAUUCAAAAAAUAUCGAUGAAUUAAAUGAAAAUAAUUUAUUAAAUUAUAAUAAUAAUGAUAAUAAUUAUUUAGUAUUACAAUCAUCAUCAUCAUCUCAGUCAGAUAAUAAUGAUUCUCAAAAUAAAUUAUAUGAAGUUCACUUAAAGUGGGGUGAAGCUGCAGAUUAUCGUUCAAUGUCUUCCAUAACGAACGCAAUACAAAAUGGAGCUGAAGAAGAAUCUUUAAUUUUAAAUUAUUAUAAUCAUCAAUUAAAUUUAUUCUCGAAUAUGUGCUUAAAUCGUCAGUAUUUAGCGUUGAAUAACUUAUCACCACAUUUAGAUAUUGAUUUAAUUUUGAAAUGUAUGUCAGAUGAAUCGAUGCCAUAUGAAUUGAGAGCAUCAUUUUGUCGCUUAAUGUUACAUUUACAUGUUGACCGUGAUCCACAAGAACCUGUUACACCAGUUAAAUACGCUCGUUUGUGGAAGGAUAUACCAUCAGAAAUGUCCAUUAAAGAUUACGAUUGUAAGAAACAGCCAAACACAAAUAAAAAGGCUGUACGGGUAAGAUUUAAUACAACGAUAGCAUUUGUUGAAAAUUAUUUAUGUAAUGUAGCUGAAAAGGUUUGGUUAUUUACCGAUCAAGAACAGAAUAAGUUAACUUUUGAGGUUGUAAAAUUAGCAAGAGACUUAAUAUAUUUUGGAUUUUACAGUUUGAAUGACUUACUUAGAUUAACUAAAACUUUAUUACGUAUAUUAGAUUGUUUAUCUGAGUCAGAUGGUGUUGGUUCAAACGCAUCAAUGUCUAGUGAUGCGAGAUUUUCUAAUUAUGAACAAGAAGAAAAUGACGCUGAAGGUGGUGUUCUAAGAUCAAUUAGUGAUAUGAAUACAGUUAUGACAUCACUUGCAUUAGGACCAAUUGGUACAGCUAUAACGUCUCCAACAAAAAAUAUACAACACCGAAAAUCAGUUACAUUAUUAAUGAAAGAAUUCCCAUUAGUUAUGGAUACAAAAUUAAAAAUAAUUGAAAUAUUACAAUUUAUAUUAGAUGUACGACUUGAUUAUAGAAUAAGUUGCUUAUUAUCGAUUUUUAAACGUGAAUUUGAUGAAACAAUAUCAUUACCAUCUGAAUUAGCAGCAGCUGCAGCAGCAGCUUCUACUAAUACUAACAUUAAUACUGCUACUAGCACUUUUUCAACAGCAACAACAAUAAAUAAUACUACAUCUACAUUAACAAAAUUAACAUCAACAUCAACAAAUUUUAACAUGACAUCGGCCACAGGUAUAUCACCCAAAACUGAAAAUAUAAGUGGAAAUUUAAAUGAUCGUGAUACUGUACAAAAUUCAGCAAAUUUAACAACAAAUUCUACUCCAAUCGGAACAACUAAAAAAACGAAUAUUGAUUUAGAGCUAAUUGGUAUACAAGCUGAAAAAAUUUUUGGUUGUGAUGUUGAAUCAACUAGCUUAGAUUUAGAUGGUCAAGGUGGUAGAACUUUUUUACGUGUUCUAUUACAUUUAAUUAUGCAUGAUUACCCGCCUUUAGUAUCUGGUGCAUUACAUUUAUUAUUUAGACAUUUCAGUCAACGACAAGAAGUAUUACAUGCAUUUCGUCAAGUGCAAUUACUUGUUUCAGAUAGCGAUGUUGAAUCGUAUAAACAAAUAAAAUCAGAUUUAGAUAUAUUAAGGCAAAGUGUUGAAAAGUCAGAAUUAUGGGUUUAUAAAUCUAAAGCAAAUGAUGAAAUUGGGACAACAAAUGCAGAGGCUACCAAUACAGAAGAAGUAAUAGAUUUAACAUUUGGUGAAACUGGUCAAUUAACAGCCGAAUAUAAAGCGUCUUUGAAUACAUAUCAGUGGAGCGAAUAUAAGAAAGUUAAAGACAUUUUAAUUCGAAUGAAUAAAUAUUGCAUAACUAAUGGUGAUAAUAUUAAGCCUAGGAAACAUGAACAACGAUUAUUAAGAAACGUCGGUGUACAUACUGUUAUAUUAGAUUUAUUACAAAAUCCUUAUGAUGAAAAAGAUGAUUUAUUAAUGAAGGAACUAAUGUGUUUGGCGCAUGAAUUUUUGCAGCAUUUUUGUUUGGAUAAUCAACAGAAUCAAGUUCUUUUACAUAAUCAUUUAGAUUUAUUUUUAAAUCCAGGUAUAUUAGAAGCAAAAACUGUAUGCUCAAUAUUUAAAGAUAAUUUAGCAUUGUGCAACGAAGUUAGUGAAAAAGUUGUACAACACUUUGUACAUUGUAUUGAAAUUCAUGGUAGACAUGUUGUUUAUUUAAAGUUUUUACAAACAAUUGUUAAAGCUGAAAAUCAAUUUAUUAGAAGGAGUCAGGAUAUGGUUAUGCAAGAGUUAAUAAAUGCUGGCGAAGAUGUUCUUGUAUUUUAUAAUGAUCAAACAUCAUUUGCUCAAUUUGUCGAUAUGAUGAGAAACCAAAAAGAUUUGCCAUUAGAUGAAGACAGCCCAUUAAAAUAUCAUGUAGAGUUAGUUAAAUUGUUAGCGUGUUGCACAAUGGGAAAAAAUAUAUUUACAGAAAUUAAAUGUAAUAAUUUAUUAUCAUUAGAUGAUAUUGUCAACGUUAUAUCUCAUCCUGACUGUCAUUGCGAAAUAAAAGAAGCUUAUGUGGAUUUUUUGAAUCAUUGUUACAUUGAUACAGAAGUUGAAAUGAAAGAAAUCUUUUCAUCGAAUCACAUGUGGAAUUUAUUUGAGAAAUCAUUUUUAGUUGAUAUUAAUCAUGUAUGUGAACUAUCAAUAACAACACAACAACAGCAACACCAACUAUUGUUACAACAACAAAAUUCAUCACUAACACCUGAAAUAGUACAAAAUCAAUCGCAGUUUCAGUCUCAAUUACAACAAUUACAACAAAAAAAUUUGAAUAAAAAAAAAUCAUUACAUAAUUAUGUAUUAAAUGGAGUGUUAACAGUAUUAACUACAUUUUUCAAUAGCCCAUUUUCUGAUCAAACAACUGUUGUAUUAGCAAGACAAAAUAUUUUUAUUCAUUUAUUAAAUGCUAUAUAUAAAUUUUCUGAAAUAAAAUAUUUAUCAUAUGCUGAACGUUUCACAGUCGAAAAUUGCGUACGUAGUUUAACUGAAUCAGCUAAAAACCGUGGCAUUACAAUUCCAUCUGAAUUGGAACGUCAGUUAUCAAUAACAUCAACGUUAACAAAUUAUACAUCGAAAUGGGUUAAGGCAACAAAACAAACAAAAACUGAACGUUCUGUAUCACAAUUAAUGCGAGAAGAUCGUAGUAUUAUUGAAGGAUUACAAGAUAUUGUAUCAUUAUUGGAAGAUCAAUUAAAACCAUUAGUUGAAGCUGAAUUGUCAUUAUUAGUUGAUAUUCUGUAUAGAUCAGAAUUAUUAUUUCCAUAUGGAACUGAAUCUCGUAAGCGUUGCGAAACUGGUGGUUUUAUUCAACGUUUAAUAAAACAUACUGAAAAAUUAUUAGAAGAAAAAGAAGAAAAAUUGUGUGUUAAAGUGUUACGUACGUUACGUGAAAUGAUGGCAAUUGAUGUUGAAUAUGGUGAAAAAGGUGAUAAUUUACGAAAUACGUUAUUAGUUCGUUAUUUUGGUAAAGGUUAUUUAUCAACAAAACAACAGCAACAACAAAAUAAUAAUAGUAUUGGCAAUACAUCAGCAUCGGAACUAUUAAUAUCGAACGUAGGUAUUGGCGGAGCAAUUGGAGGAAUUAAUGGAAUGAGGGCGGGAAGUAGAAUCUCCUCUCCCAAUGAUAGUGGAAUAAUUGGAGUAAUAGAUAACAAUAUUAACAGUAGUAAUGAUAACGUAAAUAAUUCAGCAAAUAAUAAUAAUGAGAAUUUAGCAAAUGUCGGUCUUGGAUUUAACUUAAAUGGUAGUAACGGUAACAAUGCUACAAAUUUAGUGCGAUCAUCAUCAGUAAUAAAUAAUAAUAUUGAUGUUCAUAAUGUUAAUAACUUUGAGCCAAAUAAUAUAAAUACUGACAAUCAAAAUUAUGAUAAUAUAAUCUCACCGAAUGCAACAACAAAUCGUUUAAUAGCAUCAGUAUCAUCCAACUUAAUGUCAACAUCUGCUACAUUAUCUUCAACAUCGUCAUCAUCAUUAUCUCCUCCAACAUAUGAUCAAGCGAUUGAUAAUAAAAUUGCAACACAAAUAAUAUAUCAUGGACCGGGAGCAAAAUACUUACAAAGAGCUGGUAAGACAUUACAUGAAGUUCAAAAUCAUUUAGAUAGAGAAGGUGCAUCUGAUUUAGUGGUAGAAUUGGUUAUCAAAUCGGUACAUUCACCAUCAAUAUUUGUGGAAGCUGUUGAAUUAGGUAUUGCAUUAUUAGAAGGUGGUAAUCCAAUAAUACAAAAGGGAAUGUUUCAAAAAUUUUUGAGCGGCGACUUAAACCAGACUUUUUUUAAGGUAUUUUUCGAAAAAAUGAAAGAUGCACAACAUGAAAUUAAAUCCACUGUAUCUGUGAACACUACAGAUAUUGCAGCAAAAGCACACGAAUCAAAGCAAGAUGUUAAAGAUUUUGAUAAAAAUUCUCGCAAACAUGGUGUCAAAACAAAUGGUAUUGUUAUAACCGAUGAAUUACGUGAUGAGUUAAAUAAUGCUGGUAUUGAAACAGCAAAGUCAUACAACAACGCACGUAGCAUAACCCCGGGUGAAGAUCAACAAUCAAUGAUGAAUAUUGGGUCAGCAUUAGAAGAUAUGUUAGCUGAAAAAUUAGAGAGGCAUAAAAAUAAAGAUGAUCGUAAUAAAUUAUCAGUAAAAGUGUUAGUUAUGCAACCAAUAUUACGAUUUUUACAACUGUUGUGUGAAAAUCAUAAUCAAGAUUUACAAAAUUUAUUAAGAAAUCAAAACAAUAAAACAAAUUAUAAUCUUGUAUCCGAAACCUUAAUGUUUUUAGAUUGUAUAUGUGGUUCAACAACUGGUGGUUUGGGUUUAUUAGGUUUAUAUAUUAAUGAAAAUAAUGUAGCAUUAAUUAAUCAAACAUUAGAAACUUUAACUGAAUAUUGUCAAGGACCGUGUCAUGAUAAUCAAACAUGUAUUGCAACACAUGAAUCUAAUGGUUUAGAUAUUGUUAAAGCAUUAUUACUAAAUGAUAUUAAUCCAUUAGGUAAAAACCGUAUGGAUUUAGUAUUAGAAUUAAAAAAUAAUGCAUCAAAAUUGUUAUUGGCUAUAAUGGAAUCACGACAUGAUAAUGAAAAUGCUGAUCGUAUUAUGUAUAAUAUGAAUCCAAAACAAUUAAUUGAUGUUGCAUGUAAAGCGUAUCACCAAGAAGAUGUUGAUGAUAACGAUGAUGAUAAUGAUGUAUUUAAUCAUGGUGAAUAUACUCAAGAUGAUGAUACCGGUGUUAAACCAAAAGAAGUUGGGCAUAAUAUAUAUAUAUUGUGUCAUCAGUUAUCGCAGCAUAAUAAAGAACUAUCAGCAUUAUUAAAAAUGACAGAAAAUUCAAUGCAAAAUUAUGGAGAAAAAAUGAAUGAAGCAUUAUUACAUUAUGCAACACAUACAGCUCAAAUUGAAAUUGUACGAUAUGAUAGAACAUUAGAACAAAUUGUAUUUCCAAUACCAGAAAUAUGUGAAUAUCUAACAGAAGAAACAAAGAAAAAGGUUUUCACAACAGCUGAAAGAGAUGAUCAAGGGUCAAAAGUUGCUGAUUUCUUUGAUAAAACAGAAGAACUAUUUAAUGAAAUGAAUUGGCAAAAAAAAUUAAGAGGACAACCAGUUCUAUUUUGGGUUAGUAGUUUUAUGUCGUUAUGGAGUAAUAUUCUAUUCAAUUGCAUUGUAGUAAUUAAUUUAAUUUUGGCAUUUUGUUAUCCAUUUAAAAAUAGUGUUCCAGAAAUCAGUACUCAUUUAUCAAUGUUAUUGUGGACUAUUAUGAUACUAUCAUUUGUAAUUGUUGUAACAUUGCCAAGAGAAUCAGGAAUACGAACUUUAAUUGGUUCAAUUAUAUUAAGAUUAAUAUUUUCAAUUGGACCAGAACCAUCAUUAUGGUUAUUAGGUACUGUAACUGUUGGUUUAAAGGCAAUACAUGUUAUUAGUAUAAUGGGUAAUAAUGGAACAUUAGAAAAGAAUUUCUUGAAAAUAAUAACAGAUUUAGAAAUUUUAUAUCACGUUUUAUAUAUAUUCUUUUGUUUAUGUGGAUUAUUCUUUCAUCCAUUUUUUUAUUCGAUUUUGCUUUUUGAUGUUGUUUACCGAGAGGAAACUCUUUUGAAUGUUAUACGUUCGGUAACACGAAAUGGUCGUUCAAUUGUUUUGACUGCUGUUUUAGCUCUUAUUUUAGUGUACUUAUUUUCAAUAAUUGGUUAUAUAUUUUUCAAAGAUGAUUUCUUAUUACCAGUUGAUGAGGAAUUAAAACCUUUAACAGAUGAUGAACCACUAAUGAAUCAUUUAAAUGAAAUUCCACAAAAAAUAUCAACCAUUGAUCCAGCAUUAAAUGAUAUACUUGAUAAUGAUGAUUAUAAUGGUUAUUGCUAUGGAAAAAAAUGUGAUAAAGAAAAAUUUUUAACAUCGAAUAUUCCAUCAUUAACAGGAAAAUGUCCAGUGGCCGCCACAAAUUGCGAUAGUAGUAGUGAAACAAAAGAACGUGCAUGUGAUUCACUUGUUAUGUGUAUUGUAACUACAUUAAAUCAGGGAUUACGUAAUGGUGGAGGAAUCGGCGACAUAUUACGUAACCCUUCAAGUAAGGAAAAAUUAUUUGCUGCACGAGUGAUAUAUGAUUUAUUAUUCUUCUUUAUUGUAAUCAUUAUUGUAUUAAAUUUAAUAUUUGGUGUUAUUAUUGAUACAUUUGCUGAUUUAAGAAGUGAAAAACAACAAAAAGAAUUGAUAUUAAAAUCAACAUGUUUUAUAUGCGGCCUAAAUCGCUCAGCGUUUGAUAACAAAACAAUUAGUUUUGAAGAACAUAUAAAAUCUGAACAUAAUAUGUGGCACUAUUUAUAUUUUAUUGUAUUGGUUAAAGUGAAAGAUCCAACUGAAUUUACUGGUCCUGAAUCAUAUGUAUAUCAUAUGGUAAAAGCAUGUAAUUUAGAUUGGUUUCCGAGAUUACGUGCAAUGUCAUUGGCAACAAGUGAUGCUGAAGGUGAACAAAUUGAAUUACGUCAUUUGCAGACAUGUUUAGAAGAUACAAAAAUGUUAAUUACUAAUUUAUCACAACAGUUAACUGAAUUAAAAGAUCAUAUGACAGAAAUGCGUAAACAAAAACAACGGCUAGGUUUAUUAAAUCAAAAUAUCGCAAGUAAUUCAAUUAUCUAAAUUGAAUUUUUCUUCUUUCGGUUUUAAAAAUUUAUUUUUUUAGUCAAACCAUACGAUAUACGAUAAAAAAAAAUUGUUUAAGAUUAUAGUUUCUUUUUUUUUGUUUCCUAUGUCAAAUAAUGAUAUUUUGUUGAAUUUUUUAUAAUCAUUUGAUAUUUGCAAUAUUUAUAUAGUUUAAGAAGGAAAUUAAUAUUAUGGUUUAAUAAAAUUUUUAUGAAAUUGAAAUAAAAAUAUAUUUGAAAAAAAAAUAUAGUGUAACUCACCUUUUUAACACUUUUAUUCUACUCACCGGGUGAGAAAAAGAGAAGUGUGUUUGUUAUGUCAGUGCUUGUAUUUAAAAAUAUUUACUGAUUCAAUUCAAUUGAAAAUUUAAAAAAUUUUAUAUAUUUAGUGACUUUCAACACUAAAAAAAAUUAUUGAAAAAAGGAGGAUAUACACAAUCAGGCUAAUAACUUAGUUUUAGCAUCUAAAAUUUCAUCAAAAAAAGAUGUAAUCGUACAUAAAAGGAACUAUUUAAGGAAAAAAAGUGUUGUUUUGUUAAGUUUAAAUUUUUUUAUUUGUUUUCCUUUAUUUUUUUUUUGUUCAUUAAUUAAAAUACAAAUAAAAUAAAAAAACCUAUGAUGUACUUGUUAUAAUGUUAUUGAAAAUAUUUAUAAAAGAAAAAAAAAUACAUAAAAAUCGUAUAUUUAAAAAUUGUAUUAAUUAUCUCAAUAUGAAAUAUAAUAAAACUAAAGUUGUUCGUUA